CUUUGUGUUUCAGGGACCCUACACCUAGUCUUUGACAAUGAAGUACAACGCGUUAAGAAACCAUGCGAACAUGGCGGCUGCCGAGCCCACCACCGCCGCCACCUUGACGGCGGCUCCCACCCUGGGGGUCAUCUCCACCUCAGCCCCCGAAACCUCCGGCUCUGGGAACAACACAGAGAUCAGUAAGAAUGACAUGUUCGAGGAGAUCAAGAGCAAAUUCUUGAACGAAAUCGAUAAAAUUCCACUCCCUCCCUGGGCUCUGAUCGCCAUCGCUGUGGUGGCCGCCUUGCUCAUCCUGACCUGCUGCUUCUGCAUAAUCAAAAAAUGCUGCUGCAAGAAGAAGAAGAACAAAAAAGGAAAAAAGGGCAAAGAUGGUUUCAACAUGAAGAACAUGCAGGGUGGGGAGAAACACCAGGACGACGACGACGAUGAGGGCGAGACCGGACUGACAGAGGAGGAGAAGGAGGAAGAGGAGAAAGAACAGGAGAAACUGGGGAAACUGCAAUACUCAAUAGAUUAUGACUUUGAGAAUACAAAGCUCACCGUCGGCAUCCUCCAAGCCGCAGACCUCAUGUCCAUGGACUCGGGCGGAACCUCCGAUCCUUAUGUUAAAGUCCUCCUCCUUCCCGACAAGAAGAAAAAGUUUGACACGAAAGUGCACAAGAAGACGCUGAAUCCCGUCUUCAAUGAGACCUUUGUUUUUAAGGUGCCCUAUGAGGAGCUCGGUGGAAAGACCCUGGUGAUGUCUGUUUAUGACUACGACCGAUUUUCCAAACACGACGUCAUUGGAGAGGUGAAGAUCCCGAUGAACACCAUCGACCUCGGACGGCCGAUAGAGGAAUGGCGGGACCUGGAGAGCGCCGAUCAGGAGGAGCCGGAGAAACUGGGAGAUAUCUGCAUCUCCCUGCGUUACGUCCCCACUGCCGGGAAACUCACCGUCUGCAUCCUGGAGGCAAAGAACCUGAAGAAGAUGGAUGCCUGCGGCUUGUCUGAUCCUUAUGUAAAAAUACAGCUGCUGCAGGGGGGUAAACGCCUGAAGAAAAAGAAGACCACAGUGAAAAAGAACACCCUGAAUCCAUAUUACAAUGAGUCAUUCAGCUUUGAAAUCCCCUUGGAACAAAUGCAGAAAAUUUUGGUGGCCGUCACGGUGUUUGAUUAUGACAAGAUAGGUAAGAACGACGCCAUUGGGAAGAUCUUCGUGGGCAGCAAGGCGACCGGCUUGGGUCUGAAGCACUGGUCCGACAUGCUGGCCAACCCGCGCCGCCCCAUCGCCCAGUGGCACGCGCUGCAGCCAGAGGAGGAUAUCGACGGUCAGCUGGCGUCCUUGAAUGCAAAGAAGUAACAUGCUCCACCAACCAGCUAAUGCACUAACUCAGAAAUCCAACCCCCUCCCUCUUUCCCUCUUCCCUUAUUUGCAUGAAUCCUACGACUUAACACAUGACCGCGUGUCAUGGAUCCUGCUCAGCAAAAAAGAGACAUCUUAAAAAUAUCUGCUCAUUCAUGGUUAAGUCAAGAGAAACUCCUUUUUAAGCAUCACAUUUUACACGUUAGUGUACGCUGUGGAGAGUGGCGUGGCGUUAUCGGGUGACUGGGUCGUGAAUGAUUGACUUUUGGUCUUUCUUUCAUUUGGAGAAACUUAGAAAACUGAUUCUUAGGGUGCUGACACUGAAUGAAAGUCUUGGCGAAGACAAUGCUGGAUAAAAAGCUUUAGUUUAGUUUAUAGAGCAUGCUUUACUUACCUCCCCCCCCCCCCCCCCCACUGCUCUGCAUUCACCACUCCCAGUAUUGUAUCUUGCUAAUAAGUGUGCUAUAACAUGCAAUAGAACGUUCUGUAGUUCUGGGUUACUCCUUAGAGUCAGUUUAAGUCUAUUUAUGCAAGAAGAUUCAAGCGAGACCGAAUCCAGUUAAGCUCACCGAUUGCAGCGACUGGCGCCGCACCACAUUGUCAAAAUAAAGUUUUUAUUUUGCCGGCUCACAUUUGACAACUGAAGAGUGCAGCAGGAUGCAGUAUAGCAGGGGGCGACACUGUCGUCCGGCCUCCGUCGCUUGUUUUUUUCUGUUGCCAUGACGGCACAUCUAUGCAUUUAGGUU